AUGAGCGAGCAAGAGGCCAACAAUGAUGGGGUUGAAGCCAUUCAAGUAGUGAGCGACAAAAAGUCUGGUGCAUCAUCAUUGAUGCCGCUCUCUACCACAUCCGCCACAUCGGCCGCCAAAACUCUCACCAAGGCUGCGGCAAGUUCUGCGACACUCACCAAGGCUGCCACGGGUGCCGCUGCCACAGGUGCCGUGACACUGACCAAGGCUGCCACAAAUGCCGCGACGGAUGCUGCCACUAUCAACUAUAAACUUCGUGAAAUGCAAGAUGGUGCCGUGCCUCGCAUGAUGCAUUUUGCAGACAAGGGCGGUGGCGACGGAUCGUUGCUCAUUGAAAACGCCGCCGAACAAAAGGCGAGCUUGGAGGAACUGGAAGCACGCGUGCGCCAGGGAGUCCCCAAUGAGUUUGUCACUUCCAUCCUGUCCAUUUGGGCAUCCUUCAAGGUCCUCUUUAUCUAUCUGGUGACGAUUGAAACCUACAUUGCGCUCGCUGGAUCGAUAGGAAUGACUUGCUACUGGUAUUUCACCCACAAAGACAACACCACGUGGGAUGGAGGGGGCCUUUCGUGGGUGCUCGUCGGCUUUGCCGUUGUCUUGCCCAUGUCCAACCUCGUCAAAAUGGGAUUUGGUCGCCGCGAAGAAGCACUCAAGAUACUCGCCAGUCUUCGGUCCUGUCAAACCAUGCUCUACCAUGCCCAUGCACUCUGGGAUUGGGACAAGGGGAACGGUCGCGCCAAUGCCGAUCUCGACAUUUUGGCCCAUUGCGACGAACUGCUCGAUACCAUGUAUGUGGGAGGAGAAGCGCUGGUCCGCUUCUUGACGCUCCCCACUUCCACACUGACGAGACAUCAAGUGACGUAUCAUGGACAACAGGAAGCUCAUCGAACCUUGGACGUGGCCGUACAACUGUACGAUGUCUUUGCCAGUCGACAAAUGGUCAAAUACACCAAGCUCGCGGAACGAAUCAAGCGAGCUGGAUUGUCAGGAACUCUGCGAUCCUUUGCGAGGGUCUUUACCAUUUGCCUUCCUGCCUUUUACGCUUCCACAUUUGCCCAGCUCGCUAUUGAAAUCCAGUCCUUGGGAAUGGGCAUUGCCAUGGCCGUCAUUACCACCCUUUGUCUUACAUCCCUCUAUGAAUCCAUUCUGGUCAUGGAAGACCCAUUUGUGGCGUUUCUCGUCUUGGAUGGCAUUUCCAUCCAUGAGGAACUCAUGCUUCAUAACCAGCAGGUAUUGACAGCCAGGGAAGAGAUCUUUCCAGAUGCAGCUCCCUACAAGAUUCCCAAUAGUAGUAGUAGUAGUAGUGCAGCAGCAGAAACCGACAACAGCUUUGCAGACGAACAACCAGGCAAGAUGAAAGGAGAGCAAAGUGGUAUUCCGCAGCGUCGUCAAUCAGCAGGUAUGCGUGGAAGUCUACUCUUCAAGACCAAUGGAUCCUAG